ACAUUUAUAGGAAGUCGACAGAAGUCGAUUUCAAUGUCAUUCGGUAUCGAUACUUAUCGCAUCUCAUCUUGAUAAUUAAUAUAUGUGCUUUGUUUUUUUUUUAUUAGAUAAAUUGGAACUUCUCAUUUUUUAAUGACCUCUUCUUUCCUUGUCCUUAUCGAAGAUUACUGACAAUUCCUGUCACAUUUUGCAAGUACAUACGAUGACUCAUUCUCGCAUUUGUCAUGAAAUAAACUCGCCGAUGGUUAUGUUUGUUCCAGGCUUUCGUGCGAUGCGAUGCAUUCGGAGAAAUAGUCUUUCUAACUUACACUUGUCGCUUUGUCUCGAUGACAUACAUAUAACAAGAAAUAGGCGCGCGUAAAUAAUAUUCGCGUUAAAUUCUAUUAAUAUCUUGUUGAUAAAAUUGCAAGAAAUAUAUCAAUAAUAUCGCAAUUUUAUGCGCAGUACACGUGCGAAUUUUUAGAGUGAAUGACUGAACAAGUAUCAUAAAUUAAACGCAUUAUUGUACGUCUACAUUCUUUAUUAAUUGACAAUUUUGCCAUAAGCAUAAUUAUUGUACAAAGUACGUAGUGUAUUUUAUUCAAAGAUGUCACACAUAAAAACAUUACCUUUGCUAGAUGGAACAAAAGUAAUUGUUAUAGAUGAAGAUAUAGAAGCAGCAUAUGCAACUGCAUUGAUAGCUGGAUGGAUACACGCAUGGAAGGAAAAAAGUUCUGAUUAUAGUAUUGAUUUGUUGUCAUUUUCAGAUCCAAAAACUUGGUAUGACAAUGAACCACUUACACCCACAAAAGUAAUCAUACAUGAUUAUUAUAGUAUUCAGCCGACUGAAAACGCCGAGAAAAAAGACUCUGAAAAUCUUGAUCAUGUACUCAAAAACAUCAAGAUGAAACCUCAGAAUACAGUUGUUGUCAACUGUCUGGGUUCCUUGAUUCUGUAUGUAGGUUUAGGAAAGGCUAUUAGAUUUAUAGAGAAGUUAAGUAAACAGGUGUCACAAUUGAUAUGCAUUUAUCGGAGGGAUUUCAUGCAAACUGAAAUACCUGCAAUAGAGACUUUUGGCACUACCUAUGUCAAGCUAGAAAAGUUUACAGGAAACAGCUCUACAAACAAUAUAAUUUAUAUUGCACAGCUCACUCAUAGAAAGUCUGGUGGUUCUGUGAUAUGUCAAACAGAAAUAAUAAAGCAAGAUAUUGAAUCUUAUCAAAUCACUGCUGAAAAGGUUACAGUGCCAAGCGUUUGCAAAACAGAAACAGAACCUGUAAGGAUUGAAACGUCAUUUAGGAUAGAAAUGAGUGCUCAGGAAAUGGAGCAAAGAAACAAGACACCUUUACCUUAUACUUUGAAUGCAACGAAUACAUCAAAGAUAUUUUAUCAACCUGAAGAUGUAGACGAUAUAGAUGAAGAAGAUCCUGAUGAUGAUUUGUGUAUAUAAGUUUAUAAAAAUCAAAGAAUUUGUAUGUAGA